CUGGUUUAUGCCCCAUGGUGUGGACACUGCAAGAAGCUUGAUCCUGUUUACGAAGAAUUUGGAAAGCUGGCAUCUGAGUCAAAGUCGGCUAGCCAGGCGCUCGUGGUUGCCAAGAUGGAUGGAACGGCGAACAAGUUGCCGGAUGAAAAGUACAAGGUCACAGGCUUUCCAACAGUUUGGUUUUUCAAGAACGGUUCGGAUACUCCCAUUAAGUUCAUGGGAGAACGAACCAUUCAGGGUCUUGCUUCAUUUGUCCAGCAACAUGGCACAUGGGCUGUUGAACUGGCUAUUGCGUAA